AUGACUCGACUAAAGUUUGACCUCUUACAGGACUAUACAAAGUCUAAUCUCCCUGUUAGAAACCAGAACGAUACCGUGUUUGUGAACGUCAGCAUAUAUUUCCGUAUGGUGAAAGAGUUUAACAUCGUAGAAAGCGUUUUAGGCACACAUCUAUUUUUCCAACUCCACUGGAUUGACGAAUAUAUACAUUGGGACAGUGAGGACUAUGACAAUAUCACAGCAGUUAACUUUCCCUUACUUGACGUGUGGGUUCCGCCGAUGGUGGUGGUGAACCCAGCCGACAACUACGGCUUCAUUGGCGAGAAGGAUACCCUUCUUGUUGAAUACUCCUCGGUAGGGUUGGCGUCUUUGGUCUUCUCCGCUUACAUCAAGAGCACAUGUAAACCAUUUAUUAAAUACUUCCCAUUCGAUUCUCACAUCUGUCAUGUGAUGAUAAGCCAGAUAGGCUACGGCAUGGGCGAUGUGAUCCCCCUUCCGUCACAGAUUUAUAAACAGUAUAUAGUGGAUAACGGGCAGUGGGUUGUGGACGCGUUGGAUUUAACCCAGCAGCCGUUUAUCCCAGGAGAAAACGAAUCUGUGUAUGUCGAUCUUUCCAUACAGUUGUCACGUCGUCCAGAUUUUUUGCUUCUGAACCUGUUCAUUCCCAUUGCCUUUCUGAUCUGUAUGAAUAUGUUUGUGUUUUUCCUCCCGGCUGAAUGUGGUGAGAAAGCAAGCUACUCCAUUACUGUUCUCUUGUCCCUGGCUAUCUUUAUGACUAUUGUCAUGGACCAGUUACCACCAUUGUCCACUGAAGUCCCCGUUAUCAGCAUCAUCCUUUGCAUACAUCUCGCAAACAAUGUCAUUGUGUGUACGUGUACUAUUCUGUCUUUGAAUUACCACCAUCGACGUGAAUCACGUAAGAUAUCAUGGCAUCUUCGACUUAUGACUAUGUUAGUUACCUGGCGGUCGUAUAAGAGCGAUUGUAAAGUUCCUAACAGAAUAUCACCAGAGAGCUUUCAUACAAAGACGGAGGAGAAAGAUCUAGGCAUGACGGAUACAGAUGACGUCACACAGCGCGACGUCGUGUCCGGGGAGACAGAUCGGCGCCCAGUGUUGACCUGGCAGAAAGUGAGUCAUGCGAUUGACAGAUGGAAUUUCUUCAUCUGUGUACUGAUGACCAUAUUGGAAAUGGGCCUUGUCUUCUACCAUUCAUCGUAUGGUGAAUAA